GCAUCCGCGAGCGGCUGGCGUUGCUAACAAGUUCAGUCCCAGUUCUUACACACCCGAGCUUGGAGCAUGGCGGUUGUUUUCGUGGCGCAAGGUUGGUUGAGAGGAAAGGCCGUGACAACCGAAUCCGGCGAAACCUACUACAGUUUCCAGGGCAUACCUUACGCCAAACCUCCCGUGGGGCCUCUCAGAUUCCAGGCGCCCGAGGCUCCCGACCCUUGGAGCGACGUUCGUGACGCCCAAACUGAAAGGUCUGUUGCACCGCAGACUGAUAUCUUUACCGGAAGUGGAUUUGAAGGAGAUGAAGACUGUCUUUUCCUGAAUGUAUAUACACCAAAGCUCCCAGAAGCCACAAGUGAUACGGCCAAACCGGUGAUGGUAUGGAUCCAUGGAGGAGGUUUCUAUAUAGGAUCUGCAAACACCGACUGCUACGGGCCAGACCACCUGAUACGUGAAGAUGUCGUGAUCGUCACAUUGAACUACCGGCUAGGCGCACUUGGGUUCCUAAGCACAGGAGACUCAGUUAUUCCCGGUAACAACGGCCUGAAGGACCAAGUGAUGGCUCUGCGCUGGGUUCAGCAGAACAUUGCGCAGUUUGGGGGCGAUCCUGGUAACGUCACGAUCUUCGGCGAGAGCGCCGGGGCGGCCUGCGUGCAUUAUCACAUCUUGUCCCCAAUGUCAGAAGGGUUAUUUCAUCGUGCUAUCAUACAGAGCGGCUGUGUUCUCAGCCACUGGGCCUUCGAUGACCCGUCAGUCGCCCGCAGAAAGGCGUUCAGAUACGCGGAAGCUCUCGGCUGUCAUACAAGUGACAGCAAGGAACUUUUAGAGUUCCUUAUGAAGGUCCCAGCAAAAGAACUUACGGAUGCAAUGGAGCCGUCUCUAACGGAAGAGGAAAAGCACCCAGUGCCGCUGUGUUUCGUCCCAACUAAGGAGUUCUCCCGGAACGGAGAGGAAACAUUCCUUCCUGACAGCCCAACGAAUAUACUAACGCAGGGGAAAUUCCACAAAGUGCCUAUCAUAAUUGGAGUCACUUCCAAUGAAGGGAUGUUUGUAAUGAAAGACAUUGCUCAGCACCCGUCAUGGUACGAGGCUCUCAGCAAGAGGUUUAGGGUACCUGUGCCUCAUAAUUUCAGGAUCGAAGAGAAUACAGCCAAGUAUGAAGAACUGGCUGCUAGAAUCAAGGAAUUCUACUUCGGAACUGAGCCAUUUUCCAAGGACACAUGGCCGAAGUUUGCUGAUCUUUAUAGUGACUUCUGGUUCGUCAGUGGGAUCACUCAGACUAUCCGGAAGCAAGUGGCCGUAGCUUCAAUUCCCAUUUAUUUCUACUGUUUCGCGUUUGAUGGAAAUUUUGGCUUGUACGAUAUGGAGCUUGGAUCUAAUCGUCUGCCAGGAGCCUGUCACGGGGCUGAGCUUGGCUACCUGUUCCAAAUGACCAUCGCUGCAGAAAGAGGACUACAGCUGAAUGAAGAUGGCUUGAGAGUCAGAUCACAAAUUGUGAAGUUGUGGACGAAUUUCGCUAAAUCAGGGAAUCCUACGCCGAAAGCUGAACCGCUGCUGGGAGUGACCUGGACGCCAGCUACCGACUCACAGCUAAACUACCUGAACAUUGACAACAAAUUAAGCAUGGAGAAAAAUUUUGUGAAAGCACGGAUGGAAUUCUGGGACAAAAUAUAUGAAUCAUUUGAAAUAUUUCACUCUCACAACGGGAAGUUUCUUCGUCUACCUCGAGAAUGUAGUAUUAGCAGUGGUACUGAUAGUGGUGGUGGUAGUAGUAGUAGCAGUGGCACUGGUACUGGUACUGGUAGUGGUAGUGGUAGUGGAGUGUUAUACACACAUACACAUUGCACCAGCAAUAUGGUGAAAACAAAGAAAUUCAUCUUUGCAAGGCGCUUUGUUGGCGUGCCGAAGGAAGAUGAUUUUACGGUUGUAGAAGAAGAGUUGCCACCCCUGAAGGAAGGAGAAAUUUUGUGCGAAGCUGUGUGGUUCAGUGUUGACCCUUACAUGAGACUGGAUUCAAUUGACUCAGAAUUGUGUCCAGUGGUUAAUAGGGUUAAUAGAGUAACUUACAUUCUGAUUGAACAAAACAUGGAACGACUAUCAGCUGCACAAAUAGGACUCUUCAAUAGGGAGUAUUCUUAUCAGUGUGACUUUCAACUAAGACCUUAUACAGCCAACGUUCCUACUGGAACCACUAUGAUUGGAUCCCAAGCUGCAAGGGUUAUUGAAAGUAAGCACCCCGAGUACAAGGUUGGAAUCCACGUUGUAGGUCAUUUUGGAUGGCAGACUAGGAGCAUUGUGGAUAUUGACAACAUACCAGCAGCACUGUGGUUGUCAAAACCAUUCAUCAUACCUGAUUUUUCAGGAUUACCUUUGUCACUUGCACUUGGAGCCCUGGGCAUGCCUGGGAAUACUGCAUACUUUGGGUUUCUUGAAAUAUGCAAACCAAAACCUGGUGAAGUUGUGGUAGUCAGUGGGGCUGCAGGAGCAGUUGGUAGUCAUGUUGGACAGCUUGCAAAAAUAAAAGGAUGCAAAGUUAUAGGCUUUGCAGGGUCAGAUGAUAAGGUGAAAUGGCUGAAGGAUGAACUGAAGUUUGAUGCGGCUUUUAACUACAAGACGAAAGACGUUACACAAGCACUGAAAGAGGCCGCACCAGAUGGAGUGGACUGUUAUUUUGACAAUGUUGGUGGUACACUGAGUAGUGCUGUCAUUGCUCAAAUGAGAGAGAGAGGACGUAUUUCAGUAUGUGGUUCCAUUUCUUCUUACAAUGAAGACAUCAGCAAAAUUCCCUUAGCUCCUAUCGUCCAACCUUCCUUUGUAUGGAAGCAGCUACGGAUGGAAGGUUUCAUAGUGAGUCGCUGGACGGACAGAUGGGAAGAAGGCAUCAACUACAAUUUACAGCUGAUCAAGGAUGGUAAACUGAUAUAUCGUGAAACCGUGACUGAGGGAUUUGAGAACAUUGCAAAAGCAUUCAUAGAAAUGUUGCAAGGAGGAAAUGUGGGGAAAGCUGUUGUGAAGGGCUGUCUCAAGAGUAGAGUUGCUUAUUGCUGCCUGAACAAUUGUUAUAUGAACAUGGUGGAAACAGUGAUUGUCCGUGUGACCCAAGGCAGUCUAAGAGGACAGAAAGUGAAGACUCCAGCUGGAGCAACCUACUACAGUUUCCAUGCUAUUCCAUAUGCUAAACCUCCUGUGGGACCUCUGAGGUUCAAAGCCCCAGAGCCGGCAGAGCCGUGGGGAGGAAUUCGUGAUGCUCUCAAGGAACCAGCUGUGGCCCCACAAACGGGAGUGUUCAGUAACACUCAGUAUGAAGGAGAUGAAGACUGUCUGUACAUCAAUGUCUUUACACCUAAGCUUCCUGUCAGCAAUGCUGACGUGCUUAAACCUGUCAUGGUGUAUAUCCAUGGAGGAGCUUUCUGCAUUGGAUCAGGAAAUGCCCAAAUGCAUGGACCUAGCCCCAUGAUGAAUACUGGAGAAGUCGUUUUGGUUACAAUGAACUACCGCUUGGGAGCAUUAGGAUUCCUCAGUACAGGAGAUUCAGUGAUUCCUGGCAACAAUGGGCUGAAGGAUCAAGUAAUGGCUCUGCGCUGGGUUCAACAGAACAUAGCACAUUUUGGAGGAGAUCCUGAUAAUGUGACAGUUGGUGGAGUCAGUGCUGGAGGGGCCAGUGUUCACUUGCAUGUUUUGUCUCCUAUGUCUAAAGGGCUGUUCCAUCAUGCUAUUGCUCAGAGUGGCUCUGCUCUUUGCCCAUGGGCUGCAGAAGAUCCCUCACUAGCCCUUAGCAAAGCAUUCAGAUUGGGGGAGGCACUGGGCUGCAAGACAUCAGAUUCAAAGAAGUUACUGGAGUUUCUUAUGAAGGUUCCUGCACAGAAAAUUGUUGAAGGGAUUGAUAAAGCUCUCGAAGAAGAGGAGAAGCACCCUAUGCCAUUACUUUUUGUGCCAGUCAUAGAGAAAGGAAAUCACAAAGAUGAAGCAUUUUUACGUGAGAAACCUACUGACAUCAUUAAGAGCGGGAAAUUUAACAAGGUCCCCCUCAUUAUUGGAGGUACCUCAAGAGAAGGGUUGCUUAUAAUGCGUGAUCUUAUGGAACAUUCAUCAUGGUACCACUCUCUGAGUGCUGAUCUCGAGCCUCUGAUAUCUGUAAACCUCAAAAUACCGAAGGGCACAGAAGAAACCAAAGAAAUAUCUCACAAAAUCAAGGAAUUCUACUUUGGUGAUAAACCUGUGUCUAAAGAAACAUGGCCUCAACUAGUAGAUGUAUAUGGUGACAUGCUUUUCAACUUUUGGACAUACAGGAGUGCUAAAGAGCAACAAGCAAAAUCCUCGGCUCCUGUUUAUCUGUACCAGUUUUCAUUCCAAGAACAAUCAAGACACUUACAUCCAGCUGAUAUAAGUAUACCAGGAGCAGAUCAUGGCAGUGAUCUUGGAUACUUAUUUGAGACAGCGUUCAACAACGAUCCAUAUCUUCAUCCAGACAGCGAAGGUGCAAAGUUGAGUUCAAAACUGCUUAAGAUGUGGAUAAAUUUUGCAAAAACAGGCAAUCCCACUCCCGUAGCAGACAAGUCACUGGGGGUGUCCUGGAGCCCAGUUACCAAGACUGAACUGAACUACCUGAAGAUCGACAAGGAACUGACUAUGCACAAAGAUCUAAUGAAAGAAAACAUGGCCUUCUGGGACAAAAUUCUAGCAUCUUGAAAAUUAGUGACAUUGUACAUAAGUCUUGCAUUUCAAACACUCAUUUAUGUCACUCAUGAUUUUAUCUUGUAGUGUAUGUACAAAUACAUCGCUCUUCAAUAAAGUAAUAAAAUAACUUCUGCAAAAUGAUAUUUAUAUAUCUCCUGUAUUAAUUACAUUUGCAGCCCUUCACAGCU